UUUGACAUCUGUGUUGUGUCCAGCCCCUCUGUUUCUUAUUGGUGCUCAGAAACAUAAACACAGAAGGGAAUCAUGUCAAAGACACGACACCGCCUAGCCUAUAAAAUAAAGUAACUUCGUACUGAGAGUAAAAUGACAUGAGGGGAUGAGGGCAGUAAUGGGAGGCUUUCAGAACACAUCCCUGCUCUUGAGCGUUUACUUUCUUUUCAUGUGUUGCGUGACCCCCUCCCGUCCUUCGACAUGCGAUUUGAGGAGAAAGUUUUAUCUAAACGGGAUGCACAAGUCAGGUGAUGUGACUCUAGGAGGACUGUUCGAGGUCCAUUACACUUCUGUCUUCCCCAAACUGACUUUUACAUCGGAGCCACAGCAGCCCAUCUGCAAAGGCUUCGACACUUUAGGGUUCAGGCACGCGAUGGCCAUGGCUUUUGCUGUGGAAGAGAUCAACAAGAACUCCGACCUACUUCCCAACCUGACCCUGGGAUACAGCCUGUAUGAUAACUGUGGUGCGCUCGUCAUUGGAUUCAGCGGCGCCUUAUCCCUGGCCAGCGGCCGAGACGAGCAGUUCCUGCUCCGCCAGAACUGUUCUGGAAGCCCUCCUGUUCUGGCCGUUGUUGGCGAUCACUAUUCAACUUUUUCGAUUGCCAUUGCCAAUGUUCUAGGUUUAUACAACAUGCCUAUUGUGAGUUAUUUUGCCACAUGUUCCUGCCUCAGUGAUCGGCAGCGCUUUCCCACAUUCUUUAGAACAAUCCCAAAUGACGCUUUCCAGGUGCGUGCCAUGAUUCAUAUUCUUAAGCACUUUGGUUGGACGUGGUUUGGCCUGCUGGUCAGUGACGAUGACUAUGGACUUCAUGUGGCCCAGUCUUUCCAGGCUGACCUGGCUGAAUCUGGUGAAAGCUGCCUGGCUUACCUGGAGGUUUUGCCUUGGGACAGUAACCCAGGUGAACUCAGGAGGAUUGUACACACGAUAAAGACGUCAACAGCUCGUGUUGUCAUCGUGUUUGCACAUGAAAUUCACAUGAUUCAGCUAAUGGAGGAGGUGGCACAGCAGAAUGUAACUGGCCGGCAGUGGAUUGCUAGUGAAACCUGGACAUCAGCAGCUGUUCUCCAGACACAGGAACUCAUGCCGUACCUCAGCGGCACGCUGGGCAUCGCCAUCCGGCGUGGAGAAAUACCCGGGUUCCUGGACUUCCUGUUAAAAAUACGGCCCGACCCGAAUGACACCAACGAAAAUAGCUUGGUGAAGCAGUUCUGGGAGCACACGUUUCAGUGCAAAUUCAACCCAGCGGACAGGGAAGACGGGGAAUCCGUCUGCACCGGCCACGAAAACAUCGAACUGGCAGAGAGAGAGUUUUUGGACGUUUCUAGCCUCAGGCCUGAGUACAACGUCUACAAGGCGGUCUACGCUCUCGCUCAUGCCCUUGACGACAUGCUGCAGUGUGAGCCGGGUGAAGGACCUUUUACUGGGCGCAGCUGCGUCAGUUUGCAGGCUGUGGAGCCAUGGCAGCUCUUACACUAUUUGCACAAGGUCAACUUCUCAACUGAAUUUGGCGAUGAAGUCUCAUUCGAUGAGAACGGCGAUGCUCUGCCGAUAUACGACGUGAUGAACUGGCUGCGACUGCCUGACGGCAAGAUUAAGAUUCAAAAUGUUGGCGAAGUGAAAAAGUCUGACUCUGGAGGAGAGGAGCUCACACUUGAUGAAGACAAAAUCUUCUGGAACACUGAUUCAAAGAAGCCAACCCGCUCAGUUUGCAGUGAAAGUUGUCCUCCAGGCACUCGAAUGGCCAGAGAAAGAACACAACCUGAAUGCUGCUUCAGCUGUGUCUCCUGUUCGGAAGGAAAGAUUAGUAAUAAGAGCAAUUCCCUGGAGUGCUUCAGCUGUCCAGAGGACUUCUGGUCCAGUCCUCAGCGAGAUCACUGCAUUCCCAAGAAAACAGAGUUCCUCUCGUAUCAGGAACCACUUGGGAUUUGUUUAACAACCACCUCACUGCUGGGCACAUUCAUCUGCGCUGUUGUUCUGGGAAUCUUCAUCUAUCACCGCAGUACACCGAUAGUACGAGCCAACAACUCAGAACUCAGUUUCCUGCUCCUGGUGUCACUCAAGCUGUGCUUCCUGUGUUCGCUGCUGUUCAUCGGACGACCCAGACUGUGGACGUGUCAACUGAGACACGCUGUAUUUGGGAUCAGCUUUGUGCUCUGUGUGUCCUGCAUCCUGGUUAAAACCAUGGUGGUUCUGGCUGUGUUCAAAGCCUCCAAGCCAGGAGGGGGAGCCAGUCUCAAGUGGUUCGGUGCUUCACAGCAGAGAGGAACUGUUCUGGUUCUCACCUGUAUUCAAGCAGCUAUAUGCAUCGCUUGGCUUGUCUCCUCCUCGCCUGCCCCCUAUAAAAACACCCAGUACCACAAUGACAAAAUAGUUUAUGAGUGUGCAGUCGGCUCCACGGUUGGCUUUGCUGUGUUGCUGGGAUACAUUGGCGUAUUGGCCAUCCUCAGCUUUGUGUUGGCGUUUUUGGCCAGGAAUCUGCCCAACAACUUCAACGAGGCCAAACUCAUCACUUUCAGCAUGCUGAUCUUCUGCGCUGUGUGGGUGGCCUUUGUUCCUGCUUAUAUCAACUCUCCGGGCAAAUACGCAGAUGCAGUGGAGGUGUUCGCCAUCCUGGCCUCCAGUUUUGGCCUCUUGGUGGCGCUGUUUGGACCUAAAUGUUACCUGAUUCUGCUCAAACCAGACAGGAAUACAAAGAAAGCUAUCAUAGGCCGAUACAGCAAAUCAUAACAAUUUCACUUGUUUUUAUGCUUUUGUUAAUAAUCAUGUAGGAACUAUGAAUAAACAUUUUUAAUGUAACUAUAAAUAAAACUAACCCUCUUUGCUAUUGAUAUGCUCUUUUCAUCCUAGAGACUUUAAAAAAACCUUAAUUUCAGUAAAUUUUGGGUCACUCCUCCAAAUAACUCCGUUCAGAUAUGUCAAUAACUUCAGUGGUCACAGAAUUAUGAAAUACAACAAUGAGCUCAGUCAUGAAUUGUUCCUAGUAAUUAUCCUCAAUUAAAUCAGCAGGGCAACUUAAAAUCCCAGACGUCCUGCAAGGUUUGAAUGCAGGAAGUUGUUUCAAUGAUGUCCAGUCAGGA